GCCUGUGUAAUGAAGCACAUGCGCACUGAAUUAAUCACAGCCAUUUUUUGCAGGAAACUAAUUAGCAGGAAUAAAGAUCCAAAGAGUUUUUUCUUUUCAAUCAUCAGAUCUCACUUUCACCUCUUCCUCGCUCCCUCUAACACAAGACUCAUCGCCUGCUUUGCAUCCAAAUUAUUUUUAUAUUGCCUUUAACAACUAAUAGUACCUACUUCGGUUUUUUACACUCCGCAACAACAAUGAUCUUUCUUUUGCCACCCUAAGCGCAAACUGACCAAACGGGGACUGCCUUGAUGGGAUCUUUAGCUAAAUCAUCUCAAUACUGGAUUAAAAAGCGAGGAUCACAAAGCGGCAGCGAGAAAUUGCCUGGAUGCGAUGAACGCCUCAUGUAGGCAUCAGCAUGGACAGCUGUGAGUCUCCUGUGGUUUCUGGGACAGACGAUGGGCUCGGCUCCUCCCAGCAGCAGCAACCACCACAGCCCUGGAACGAUCACUCUAGCUCACAGGUCCCUUGCACCAACCAGGCCCCUUCCCUGGACCCCUUGUCCCUCUCUGCUUUGUACCCCUCUCAACCCAAAAACUCCAGUGCAUCUCAUGACGGACUGAGAGAACCACUGUCCCAGCAGCAGCAGCCAAAACAGACAUCACCCGAGGCCCACCGUGAUAGCUCUGCCACAGGCCAGCUGCAUCCCAUAAGAGAGGGUCUUGAAGAAGAAGAGCAAGAGGGAAUAAGCUGUGGAGAAGAGGAAGAAUCUGAGGACUUAGAUGAAAUGGAGAUUGACAGCUGUUUCCCAAGUCUUCAACCCUUUCCUGGGGUGCCAAUGGCUCCUGGGGGAGGGGGCAUGCCCACUCUUUUGCGACAUCAGCCCACACGACAACAGGGAGCACCUGAGAGUGGGAGUGACGAAGGAGAGGAGGAAGAAGAAGAGGAAAGUAGUGAUGUGGAGAACCUUGCUGGUGAGAUAGUGUACCAGCCAGAUGGCUCCGCCUAUAUCGUAGAGAGCAUCAGUCAGUUGAUCCAAAGUGGUGGGGGCAUGGGCAGCCUGCUUCCCACAAACUCUCUCACCAGUGUGGGAACACCGGGGGAUCCUGCUGGGACUUCAUCCUCGGUCUACCCUCACAUCAUCAACACGUUCCACAUAGCCUCGUCCUUCAGGAAGUGGUUUGGCAAUUCAGACCAAGGUUUCCCCAAUACCUCAACCAUGGCAGGCCUCAGCCCUGUCCUGCACAGUUACCGUGUCUUUGAUGUGCGGCACAAAAGCAACAAGGAUUACCUGAACAGCGAUGGGUCUGCCAAGAAGUCCUGUGUAUCCAAAGAUGUUCCCAACAACGUGGAUUUCUCCAAAUUUGAUGGGCUAGCCCUAUAUGGCAAGGGUAAGCCCAUUCUCAUGUGUUUUCUCUGCAAGCUGUCCUUUGGCUAUGCCCGUUCCUUUGCCACUCAUGCCGUCCAUGAUCACCGCAUGACACUGUGUGAGGACGAACGGCAGCUGCUAGGGGACAAGCAAGCAUCUGCCAUCAUCCAGGGCAUUGGGAAGGACAAAGAGCCCCUCAUCAGUUUCCUGGAACCAAAAACAAAGAGCACUUCUCUGCCACCUAACCUGCUCCCCAAUAACUCUGGCCAGAGCUUCUAUGGCACUUUUAGUGGUGUCCAUUUGGAGCCUGGAUGCAGCAGCAGAGGCAGCGAGAGCCUCCUCAACAAAGACUCUGACUCUGGUCUCAACCACCAACAGCAGCAGCAACAAAACCCACUAAGCUCAGUCCUCUCUCUUGGAGGGCUGAGCAUUCCCAAAGCAUCAACUCUUACCUCGUCCUCAGGCUCUGCCAAAGACUCCAGUGCCCUGCUCAAACAGGGAGGGAGAACAGAGGAGCCUGCUGGGAAAGAGUUGGCAUGCAAGGGAGAGGAUGGGGACACCAAGGGAAAUGAAUACAAGGCACACUUAUCGAGCCAGAUUGGGUGCUCGGAAGAAGAAGAACUGUUAUUAGGGGAGGAGGAAGAUGAGUUGGAGGCAGAAAGCACUGCAGUGGCCUGUGGUGGUAACAGUAGCAGUGGCAAGGGUGAAGCGGGGGAACAAGCUGUCUCAAACCAAAGCAUUUCCAAAUCUCCUUUAUUAAUGCCUAGUAGCGCUCUCCAGCCUUCUGCCUGCACCUCUGCGGUCAGUUGCACACUAAACAGCAAAGGACCUGCUUCCACUUCCUCCUCUGUCAGGAAAGAGGGUUCAAUGGCAGACGGUGGAGGGAGGACCUCUGAGCUCCCUCUGAGCUUUAACUGUCAGGGACCCACUGUUCCCAUGACAAUGGCGGCAGGUGCUGUCAGAAGGAACGAGGACGAAACUGCUGGCACUUCCUCCUCACCUCUGUCCUCCAAUGCUGCUGCUGAUGAAAGUGCCAAUCGUGAUAGUGCCACAGCUCCAGAACCAAAUGAUUGCUCAGCAGAGGGAGAGGAAGAAAAUGGAGCCCUUCUGCACCAUCACCACAUGCUCCAUCAUCAUCAUCAUCUCCACCCAUCAUCUCAAGGCCUCGCGCACCUCUUCCCAGGAGGCUCCUGUGACAUAACAGGGAUGGGCGAGUGUUCCCAGAACCAUGGGCCUGGUGGCAGUGGCAGUGGGGUAGAAUGCCCUAAAUGUGACACCGUUCUGGGUUCUUCACGCUCCUUGGGUGGACACAUGACCAUGAUGCAUUCACGCAACUCAUGCAAGACACUGAAGUGUCCGAAAUGCAACUGGCAUUACAAAUACCAGCAGACAUUGGAGGCACACAUGAAAGAGAAACACCCAGACUCUGGAGGAACCUGUUCGUACUGCACAAGUGGUCAGAGCCACCCUCGUCUGGCUCGUGGAGAAAGCUAUACCUGUGGAUACAAGCCCUUCCGGUGUGAGGUGUGUAACUACUCGACCACCACAAAGGGCAACCUAAGCAUCCACAUGCAGUCGGACAAGCACCUGAACAACAUGCAGACACUAGCGAAUGGAGGCACCAUUGGAACUGGACAGGAACAGGUAUUUGGACAUACCCCAGGAGGAGUGGUUACAGUCCCCUCAGUGACCCAGUCCAGUAGCCAUCACCCUCCACACCACCAUCCAACACAGUCCUCCACGCAUAUGGCUGGACCGUGUGGGGCCCCCUCCCCGACCAAGCCGAAGAGCAAACCCACUUGGCGGUGUGAGGUAUGUGACUACGAGACCAAUGUGGCACGGAACCUGCGUAUCCACAUGACCAGCGAGAAGCACAUGCACAACAUGAUGCUACUCCAGCAGAAUGUCACUCAAAUGCAGCAUGGACGACUUGGCUUGGGGGCAAUGCCUUCACCAUCUGAAGCUGAGCUCUACCAAUAUUACCUGGCCCAGAACAUGAGCCUUCCACCAGGCCUCAAGAUAGACCCAGCUGGAGCUGAGGCCCAGUUCCUGAUGGGGAGCUUUCACCUUGAUCCCAACAUGGCUGCCCUGGCCCCUGCACUUGUAGGUGGGGAGAUCCCUAUGGAUGUGCGGCUGGGCAGUGGGCAGUUGGUGUCCGAAGAACUGAUGACCCUGGGAGAAAGUCUAUCACAAACCAGCGACCCCUCCCUCAAGCUCUUUCAGUGCGCUGUAUGCAACCGCUUCACCACUGACAACCUGGAUGUGCUUGGCAUGCAUAUGGGAGCUGAACGCAGCCUACCGGAGGAAGAAUGGCGUGCUGUGUUGGGCGACUCUCACCAGUGCAAAUUGUGCCACUAUACCACUCAGCUCAAGGCCAACUUCCAGCUGCACUGCAAGACAGACAAGCAUGUGCAAAAGUACCAGCUUGUGGCCCACAUCAAAGAAGGGGGCAAAGGCAAUGAAUGGCGUCUGAAAUGUGUGGCCAUAGGCAACCCAGUGCACCUGAAGUGUAACGCCUGCGACUACUACACUAACAGCCUGGAGAAGCUGAGGAUGCACACUGUCAACACCCGGCAUGAGGCUAGCCUCAAACUCUACAAGCAUCUGCAGCACACAAGACAACAUCUGUUUCACUUACACUCAAUACACCUGGAUCUACAUGACAACGAUGAGAAGAAAUACUUCAAUAGUUCUAAUGAUGGACCUUAG